AAGCCAAAAUAAAAAAUAAAAAAAUGAAGGGGCUAUAGAUUUUUUCCGCCAAGGAAAAAGAGGCUGCGGUUGUUUCUGCACGCCCCUUUUCAUUUCUUCUCAUUCGUUGUUGAAUAUAUAGACGUCCGGUUGCCAUUUCAGUGAGGGGAAAAAUGGUGAGCGGCAGCAGUGACGAAAUUCUGGCAGGAAAGGUAUCCGAUUAUGAUCGAAAAAGUGAAUUAAAAUCCUUUGAUGACUCGAAACUUGGUGUAAAGGGACUACUGGAUGCUGGGCUCACUAAGAUCCCACGGAUGUUCAUCAAUGAGCAACAUAAGACUGACAUGACUUGGGGUUCCAGGGAGUCCUCCCCAGAAAGCGUUCCAAUCAUAGACUUCAAAGGCAUGGAUAAAGAUGCAGCUCUACGCACUCAGAUCAUCAAGAAAGUGGGAGAGGCUUGCGAGAAGUGGGGUUUCUUCCAGGUUGUCAACCAUGGGAUUCCAGAGAGUGUUUUGAAUGAUAUGAUUGAUGGAAUCCGGAGAUUUCAUGAGCAAGAUGCUGAGACCAAAAAGGAGUAUUAUUCCCGUGAUUCCCAAAAAAAAGUUAGAUUUAUUAGCAAUUUUGAUCUUUAUCAAGCACGCAUGGCUAAUUGGAGGGAUUCCUUGUCUUGUGUGAUGGCUCCUAAUCCUCCUCUCCCUGAGCAACUGCCGGCUGUAUGCAGAGAUAUAGUGAUGGAAUAUUCGGGGCAAGUAAUGAAACUGGGGCUUACUCUCUUUGAAUUAUUAUCCGAAGCUCUUGGACUUAAUCCAAACCAUUUGAAAGACAUGGAAUGUGCUGAGGGCCUUUUCCUUUCGGGGCAUUACUACCCAGCAUGUCCUGAACCAGAACUGACCCUGGGCACUAGCAGCCAUACUGAUCCUGACUUCUUCACCAUACUCUUACAAGACCAAAUGGGUGGCCUCCAAGUUCUUCAUGAAGAUCAAUGGGUUGAUGUUCCCCCCAUACCUGGAGCUCUGGUAAUAAACAUGGGAGAUCUUCUACAGCUGGUCUCCAAUGAUAGGUUUAAAAGCAUCUUCCACAGGGUCCUAGCCAAAAAUGUAGGCCCCAGAAUUUCAUUGGCAAGUUUUUUCAAUACAUCUCAUCCACAGAAUAACUCGAGACUCUACGGACCCAUUAAGGAGUUGCUUUCAGAAGAAAACCCCCCAAUCUACAGGGAAACAACUGUAGACGAGUUUCUCGCAUACUACUUCUCAAAAGGACUGGAUGGGAACUCUUCACUUCCACAUUUUAAGCUGGAGUCCUCCCCAGAAAGCGUUCCAAUCAUAGACUUCAAAGGCGUGGACAAAGAUGCAGCUCUACGCACUCAGAUCGUCAAGAAAGUGGGAGAGGCUUGCGAGAAGUGGGGUUUCUUCCAGGUUGUCAACCAUGGGAUUCCAGAGAGUGUUUUGAAUGAUAUGAUUGAUGGAAUCCGGAGAUUUCAUGAGCAAGAUGCUGAGACCAAAAAGGAGUAUUAUUCCCGUGAUUCCCAAAACAAAGUUAGAUUUAGUAGCAAUUUUGAUCUUUAUCAAGCACGCACGGCUAAUUGGAGGGAUUCCUUGUCUUGUGUGAUGGCUCCUAAUCCUCCUCUCCCUGAGCAACUGCCGGCGGUAUGCAGAGAUAUAGUGAUGGAAUAUUCGGGGCAAGUAAUGAAAUUGGGGCUUACUCUCUUUGAAUUAUUAUCCGAAGCUCUUGGACUUAAUCCAAACCAUUUGAAAGACAUGGAAUGUGCUGAGGGCCUUUUCCUUUUGGGGCAUUACUACCCAGCAUGUCCUGAACCAGAACUGACCCUGGGCACUAGCAGCCAUACCGAUCCUGACUUCUUCACCAUACUCUUACAAGACCAAAUGGGUGGUCUCCAAGUUCUUCAUGAAGAUCAAUGGGUUGAUGUUCCCCCCAUACCUGGGGCUCUGCUAAUAAACAUGGGAGAUCUUCUACAGCUGGUCUCCAAUGAUAGGUUUAAAAGCAUCUUCCACAGAGUCCUAGCCAAAAAUGUAGGCCCCAGAAUUUCAGUGGCAAGUUUUUUCAGAAAAUCUCAUGCAGAGAAUAACUCGAGACUCUACGGACCCGUUAAGGAGUUGCUUUCAGAAGAAAACCCCCCAAUCUACAGGGAAACAACCUUAGACGAGUUUCUCACAUACUACUUCUCAAAAGGACUGGAUGGGAACUCUUCACUUCCACAUUUUAAGCUGUGAAGGUUGCCAUGGUGACUCGAUGCUAUCUGAAUGAGAGAGGAUUAUGGUGCCCGAUUUGUUAGCAAUUUCUAGUAUUUCUUGGGAUGUGGAUAAUCUGGAACUGAGUUUCUGUGUCUCAGAUGUUUUCUUACUUUCAAAGCAUGACAAUUAUGUUCUCAUACAGAGUUUAUUGUAUGGAUUCUGGUACUUCAGUCUUUUAA